CAUUUGCAGGAGAGGCGCCGGGGAGGCGGGAGAGCAACCGAGAGCCCCAGCACAGGCCGCACCAUCCCCUCCUCCUCCUCCUCCUCCAGCAACCACAGCCAUGCAGUCGCUCCGCAUCGCCGCCAGCCUGGCGCGCUCGCUGCCCGGCCACCGCUGCCAACAAAUCACGCAUCAUGCACUUCGUGCAGCUUUUGUGGGCGCGCGGAGUCUUCACACCUCACAGACGUGCUGGGUUCAGAAAACUGGUACUGCCGAGGUCUCCUCUAUCCUGGAGGAGAGGAUCCUGGGAGCCGACACCUCUGCCAACUUGGAGGAGACCGGCCGCGUGCUGUCCAUUGGUGAUGGUAUCGCCCGUGUCUAUGGUCUGAGGAAUGUGCAGGCAGAAGAAAUGGUGGAGUUCUCCUCAGGCCUGAAGGGGAUGUCUCUGAACUUGGAGCCAGACAAUGUUGGUGUUGUGGUGUUUGGCAACGACAAACUGAUCAAGGAAGGAGACAUUGUGAAGAGGACUGGAGCCAUCGUGGAUGUGCCAGUGGGAGAGGAGCUGUUGGGACGAGUUGUGGAUGCUCUGGGGAAUGUCAUCGAUGGAAAGGGUCCACUCAAUGCUAAGAUUCGCAGACGUGUGGGGCUGAAGGCCCCUGGCAUUAUUCCUAGGAUCUCUGUGCGCGAGCCCAUGCAGACUGGAAUCAAGGCUGUAGAUAGUCUGGUACCCAUUGGCCGUGGGCAGCGAGAGCUCAUCAUUGGCGACAGGCAGACUGGUAAAACUGGCAUUGCCAUGGACACCAUCAUAAACCAGAAGCGAUUCAACGAGGGCGUGAACGAAAAGAUGAAGCUGUACUGCAUCUACGUGGCCAUUGGUCAGAAGAGAUCCACAGUGGCUCAAUUGGUCAAGAGGCUGUUUGACGCUGAUGCCAUGAAGUACACCAUUGUGGUGUCAGCCACAGCCUCUGACGCAGCUCCCCUGCAAUAUCUGGCCCCUUACUCCGGCUGCUCCAUGGGCGAGUACUUCAGAGACAACGGCAAACACGCACUCAUCAUCUACGAUGACUUGUCCAAGCAGGCUGUUGCAUACCGUCAGAUGUCCCUGCUGCUGCGACGCCCCCCAGGGCGCGAGGCCUACCCCGGAGACGUCUUCUACCUGCACUCGCGGCUCCUGGAGAGAGCAGCCAAGAUGAAUGACAAUUUUGGUGGUGGUUCCCUCACUGCUCUCCCCGUCAUCGAGACCCAGGCUGGUGACGUGUCUGCUUACAUUCCAACCAAUGUCAUCUCCAUCACCGACGGCCAGAUCUUCUUGGAAACUGAGUUGUUUUACAAGGGUAUCCGUCCAGCCAUCAAUGUGGGUCUGUCUGUGUCCCGUGUGGGUUCUGCUGCCCAGACCAAAGCCAUGAAACAGGUGGCUGGCACAAUGAAGCUGGAGUUGGCACAGUUCCGGGAGGUGGCAGCCUUUGCCCAGUUCGGCUCAGACCUGGACGCCGCCACACAGCAGCUGCUGAACCGCGGAGUCCGUCUGACAGAGCUGCUCAAACAGGGACAGUACACGCCCAUGGCUAUUGAGGAGCAGGUUGCAGUUAUUUAUGCUGGUGUCAGAGGUCACUUGGACAAGCUGGAGCCCUCCAAGAUCACCAGGUUUGAGACGGCAUACCUGUCCCACAUGAAGACCCAGCACCAAGACCUGCUCAACACCAUCCGGGAUGAGGGGCAUAUCAGUGAUGAGAUGGAAGCGAAAUUGAAGCAGAUUGUAAUCAACUUCCUGGCCACCUUCGAGGUGUGAGUGGCUGGUGUUGCUCACACUCCAAACCUUUGUAAGAACCGCUGGGAGAGAAAAAGCCAAUGUGCUUUUUGUUUAAAAUGUACAGAAAUGUUUUUCUCUUAAACAGAGAAUAAAAUGUUCCACC